AUGGCUGCCCGCAACACCCUCCGCCGUUCCUUUCUCUACGUUCCCGGGUCCUCCCAGCGCUUCCUAGACAAGUCGCGCUCGCUGACCGCCGAUUGCGUCGCCUAUGACCUGGAAGACAGCGUCACUCCGCACAUGAAGGCGGAGGCGCGCUCCCCUCGUGCGGAGAGCUAUCGACCAGCCCGCGCCAUCGGGGAUCCGGGAACGGGCAUCAAUUCCGCGUCCGACGUGACAUUCGUCACGGACGUGGUGAACCACACCCUAGCCCAGCAACAACAACAAUCCUCCUCAGGGCCCAGCACCCGCCCCCCAAUAUCCCUGAUCGCACUCAUCGAGACCGCCAAGUCGCUCACCAACCUAACCGAGAUCUGCAAGGCUUCGCCCCUCCUCCAGGGACUGGUUUUCGCAGCCGAAGACUUCGCGCUAGACCUCAGCAUCACGCGCACGCCCUCGCUGACCGAGUUCCUAUUUGCGCGCUCGGCGAUCGCCACGGCCGCGCGCGCGGCGAACCUGCCGUCGACAAUCGACCUCGUCUGCACGGCGUACAAGUCCGACAAGGCAGACGGGUCGCCGCCCGCGGCGCUGGAGGAGGAGUGUCGCGAUGGGCGCCGGCUGGGGUUCAAUGGGAAGCAGUGUAUUCAUCCGUCGCAGGCCAAGACGGCGGAUGCCAUCUUCGGACCGCAGGCGGAGGAGACGCUGUGGGCGAUGCGCGUGGUGAUUGCUGAUGAGAAGGCUGCGGCUGCGGGGCGCGGCGCGUGGACACUGGAUGGGAAGAUGAUUGAUGUGCCUGUGGCGCAGAAGGCGAGGGCUAUUGUGAAAAAGGCGGAGGCUUGUGGGGUGGAUGUUGCUGCAUUGCGGGAGCAGUGGCAGCACCAGGAGCCGGAGUAG